UCAUUUUGGCAUCGUAACCAAAGUACCAAACUAAAAAACCAGGCAAUCGAGCGAACAAUGUCGUAAGGACCAAUCCUGCUACAACCCAUGGGAACGACGUGUGCUCUUUUUUUCGAUCUCCUAAUCGUCAGUUUCUGCAUCUUCAUCGAUUCUGUUCACGCACUGUCGCCUCUCCUCGGAGUCCACCCUUUGGAUGAUAAGUACUAUGCUUCUAAGAUCAUCAAGUGCAAGGAUGGCUCCAAGUCCUUCGCCAGGGACCGUCUCAACGAUAAUUUCUGCGAUUGUGCCGAUGGAACCGAUGAGCCCGGAACUUCAGCCUGCCCUGCAGGCAAAUUUUACUGUAGGAAUGUAGGAAGUACUCCUCAAUUCAUUUUUUCAUCUCGUGUUAACGAUCUUAUUUGUGAUUGCUGUGAUGGAAGUGAUGAGUAUGAUGGUCAUAUUAAUUGCCCAAACACAUGUGUCAUGGGUGGGAAUUUGGAGUACAAGGCUGGACACUAUAUCUCAACGAUUCGUGAUCUCGGCUCCGUUGACAUUACUGAGUCCAAAACUGGAGUUAUUUUGCCAGACUUUAUCCUUAAGGUUAAAGGUUUGAAGAUCAUAAUAAUCGUACAGGUCCUCAUUAGUUGUGUUGUGAUCUACCGGAUAUACCAUCGUCGUGCUAGAUCUAGAAACAGGCAUUACCAUUGAAGAGGGACCCAUCGAAGUGCUGCCAUGCUCUUGGUAAAAUUCUCUAGAGAAAUACUGCAUAGUGCAUCAUUGUCAAGCAAGGAAGAGAAGAACUAACAGUCUUGUCAUCUGAUGACUGUAGAUACACUAUACAUUCCUUCAGGCACAAGAAAGUAUUAAGAUUUUAUCACAACAGGACUAUAUUGCCUAGUCUCAAUGAUUGUGUAGAUUUUGGGAAGCUGUAUUUUGCUUUAAAUGUCAUAUGAAUAAAUUUAAAUACCAUGGUUACGGAUCAGUUUUUUGAUUGCA